AAUUUGAGCUUAUAUUAGAUUCUCUCUUCAAAAUUUUCAGAGCUUGUUUGAUUCAGAGCUCGGCCUCCGCUGGAUUAACUGAAGGCACGCCCUUAUCGGCGGUCCAGAUAUCAAGCUCUCUGGUUCUGUUGACUUUCACGGGUCAAUCAAACGACAUUCAUGUAAGUGAAUGCUUUUCUCUGUGUCUCUACGUCAAAGAAAACGCGAUUAUCAGCCGUAACGAAGAGCCUAUGGCGUCACCGGUGUCGAUUCGGUGGGGCGCCGUCGUAUUAGUUCUUACGAUGUCUUUCUUCAUCUUUCCGUCAGCUGCAAUAUACUGCGACGAAGACGAUUGCUAUGAUCUGCUAGGGGUUUCUCAAAAUGCCAAUGCUUCAGAGAUCAAAAAGGCAUACUACAAACUAUCUUUAAAAUAUCACCCAGACAAAAACCCUGAUCCAGAAUCAAGAAAGCUCUUUGUGAAAAUCGCAAAUGCUUAUGAGAUUCUGAAAGAUGAAGCCACUCGGGAGCAGUAUGAUUACGCAAUUGCACAUCCAGAGGAGGUAUUUUACAAUACAGCUCGAUACUAUCGUGCAUAUUAUGGUCAUAAGACGGAUCCUCGAUAUGUACUGGUUGGUCUUCUUCUGAUUUUCUCAGGAUUUCAGUACCUGAAUCAGUGGACAAGGUAUCAUCAGGCUGUAGCAAUGGUCAAGAAGACGCCUGCUUACAAAAACAGGUUACGGGCACUGGAACUCGAACGCCGUGGAGGAACUACAACUAAGAAGAAGGGUAACAAGCAGAUGGACAAGAAAAUGGAGGAAGAUCUCAGCAAAGAACUUGAACUGGACAUAAAGGGGGCUCAAAAACCUGUCAUCUGGGAACUUAUUGGUGUUCAUUUUGUCCUUCUACCUUACACUAUAGGCAAGCUAUUACUGUGGCAUAGCUGCUGGUUCUGGAGAUAUAAAGUGAAACAUGCUCCAUAUUCUUGGGAAGAUGCAUCUUACCUGACAAGAAGGUCCCUAGGAGUGCCUCUUGAUGCAUGGAAAAGCAUUGAUGAAUCAAUGAAGGAUGAUCUUGUUCAGAGACGAUUGUGGGAGAAGGCCAACUUAGAGAGGUACCUAGCAGAAAUGCGCAAAGAAUCUAAACGCAGAAGAUAGAAAAUUUUGCUGCAUUGUUUUCUCUUGUUCUUCAAAUACUGACAACACAUCUCUUUAAAGUUGAAGUUGCCUGAUAUAAUAGAAUUUGCCCACAUUUUACCAUAUGUAAUUUCUAGAGUUGAUCUAUGUCCAAGACAGAGCAAGAUUUAUCGUUGCCACUUACCAAAUAUGUACCUGUAAACGUUGAAAUUUGAAAUUUUUGAGGAGCUCAUACAGAAGCUACGUGAGGUUGCAUUAUCAUAAAGAUGGUUUUCGAGAUUAUAUUACAGAUUAAUUGAACUUUGAGAAUUUUUUUUUUCC